GUAUAUAAUAUCAAUGAGCUCACCGCAGGUUUCUCCCAGUAUCCUUCGAGUGACCCAGAGAGACAGGAGGGAGAUCUCUCGUUAGGGUUUUGAGUGCUCUUAUCUUGCUUUGACCCGAGGAACGCGAGGAUCGAAGAAAUCCUAGGCUCGGAUCGCCAUGGUUUCCAGGAUCGCCGCAAGGUACAUGACCCGGAGGCUCUCCUCCGGCGGGAAGGUCCUUAGCGAGGAGGAGAAGGCGGCGGAGAACGUUUACAUCAAGAAAACGGAGCAGGAGAAGUUGGAGAAGCUUGCGCGUAAGGGUCCUAAACCAGGAGAGCAACCCCCAGCAAAUCCAGAUGCUCCAGCAACUGAUUCAAAGCCAACCACAACAGCAGGCUCAUCAACCUCUGGUGUUUCAACUGACCAGAACCGGAACUAUGCUGUACUUGCUGGCACAGUUGCUGCUGUUUGUGGCCUGGGCUGGUAUCUCUUAUCCAAACCCAAGAAAUCUGAAGAACCUGUGGACUGAGGCUCCAUGGAAGUAGCCGAGAUUGGAAGCACCUGCUAUUUUCUUCUGUUGUUUCCCUAGCUUUGUACAAGCUUGUUGCCUGUGAAACUCAGUUUUCUCCUCCAUAUCCAACUGAGCUUAUGCUGCCCAUUUUGAUUAAACCCAGCUAUAUGACUUCAAUAAUCAAAAUUACUCUGCUUUUCCUGUUA